AUGGAAGUCUCAGGACGUAAAGAAACUUCUAUAUCAUGCCAGCCUUGUCAGCGUGACGGGGAUACUGUACAAGCAGAUGGUUAUUGUGAGAAUUGUAACGAGUUUAUAUGUUCAUCAUGCAUCAAGGCACACCGGAAGUUGGCAACUACCAAAAAUCACGUGAUCAAACUCAAAGAUGAAAUGCCGACAUAUCAGACUAAAAGUGACCCGUGCACUGAACUAUGUGAUGUUCAUGUAAACGAAAUAGUGAAGUUUUAUUGUCAAGAGCACGACAGCGUUGGUUGUGGAGACUGUAUGGUACUUCAACACACUUCUUGCAAGGUUCAGCUUGUCUCAGAUGUGUCUAGUAACUAUGACAACAGUAUCGACCUUGUUUGCAUUAAACAUAGAAUUGACAAUCUUGGGGAAAACCUUGCUUCAUGCAAAGAAGAAAUAAAAUGCAGUUUGAAAACAGCAGAUGAAAUAAAGGCCGAAGUCGUCAAAGAAAUUAAACUUUUUCGUAAAGAAAUGGAUGAUUAUCUAGACAAAAUGGAAGCAGAGGUUUUACAAAAAGUUGAUGAAGUGAAUGAUAGAGAUGUCUCUUCCCAGAAAAAGCUUCAAGAUCAAUGCGAGGUAUUAUCUAAUGAAAUUAAAGAAUUUCAAAGAAAAUUGAAUCAGUGCAAAUACAAGGUCAACAAUUUGUUUGUGACAUCAAAGCGUGUACAGAGAAAAUUAAAAAACUGUCAAAAAAUAAUUGAAAACAUUUCAGCCAAAAGUCAGAUAAACUCUUUAGAAUUUAGAGCAUCUGAAGAUUUUGAUACUUUGAGGAAACAUAAUGCAUCCCUUGGUAGUCUAACAACACAAGUAGAAACUUUUUCGGGGCAAUUCAAGAAAUGUAUUCAUGACGUGAAGGCACGUUUUGUUAAGAAAAUUAAUGUUCAGGUAAAAAACGAAGGCAAUUGUGAUAUAACAGGAAUCGCAAUUAUAUCUGAUUCCGAUAUUCUUUUAGCUGAAAACGCAAACAAAUCGUUAAAAGUUGUAAAUUACAAAGAUGAUAAAGUCACCUCUACAUUGAAAUUGUCAGAUUUUCCCGCAGGCAUAACAACAAUCAAUUCUGCAUCUGUUGCAACAUGUUUACCAAAUAAAGGCAAAUUAUUGUUUGUGAAUACGCAGAACGGUUUGACUGAAAGGCACAGUCUGAAUGUCAGGAAAGGAUGUGGUGGAAUACAUUAUCGCAAUAAUAUAAUGGCAGUGUCCUUUAUGGAACCUCCCGCUGUUCAGGUAUUGGACAUGGAAGGUCAUAUCCUUCAUCAGGUUAGAGAUUCAAGCAUAUUGAAAACUCCGACAUACGUUUAUCUGAGUAUAGAUAAUGAGAGUAUGUUUGUGUCUGACAGUAUCAACCGUGUGGUGUACAAAUUUACACUCCAGGGCGAACUGAUAUCUCAAAGUAAAAGCGGGAAUAAUAAUAAACCAGCAGGAUUAACAGUUACAAACUGUGGGUGUGCUGUUGUUUGUUAUCCAGCAAACAGCGAUUCGCUCGGAGUUAUUGUACCUGGUACGAAAGAGAUUCUGCAUUUCUCUGUGCAACAUGUAUUGAAUCCAUUUUCUAUUAACAUUUCUAAAGAGCAAAAUACAAUGUUCAUCAGUGAUUUCAAGAACUCCAUAGACCGUAAUUUCAUUAAAAUAUUUGAAUUAAAGUAG